AUGGCAAUCCACCAAGAGACUGGCGCAGGACAAUUUCCUAGUCAGGCUGUCCCAGAACCUCAGUCGAGUUCAGAGUUCGCUAUAAUCCCUGAUCUUUUCGAAUCUUUCAUGUCUCGGGCGCCGGAGGUCAACUCUCAUUAUUAUGAUGUUGGAGAAGAGGCAAUGAUUUGGAUUGCUGAUAUAUGUGGAUACACUGAAACAGACCGCAAGCGUUUGCGAAAAGCUGAUUUUGCAUAUUUCGCUGCCAUUGCUUUUCCGGAUGCGUCGCCGACGAAACUCCGCACUGUGACAGAUUGGUUCAAUUGGGUCUUUGCGUUCGACGAUCAGUUAGAUGAUGGCUUGUUUGAUCACCGAAAAGUAGAGGCGCUUCAGUAUAUAAAUGGCAUGCUUGCUGUCGUUAAAGAUGUCCAUUCAUCCGAGUCGGACCGGCUUCGACAACCUGCUAGAUACUGUCUGAAGACCAUUUGGCAGAGGCUGCAAAACGUAAGAGCCAAAGCUCGUUGGGCUCGACACAUGGUGGAAUAUUUCGAAGCCUUGCGAGACUCGAUCAAUUUCAAACCUUCCGAAUUGCUUGAGGACACGAUCGAACAAUACAUGCGCUAUCGCCUCUACAGUAUCGCUGUCACGCCCAUCUUCUCUUUCCUGGAGUAUGCAUGUAACAUUCGACUUCCGGAUGAGAUCUUUGAGCAUGAAUCAAUGAUCGAGAUUGAAAGAAUUGGGGUAGAGCUUCAAAUGCUCGCCAAUGACUGCGUAUCGUACCAUCGAGAGAGGGACCUUGGUUGUGUCCACAACAUCGUCCACCUCUUCCUCCACCACGGUCUUUCAUUGCAGGAAGCCUACAAUCGGGUGCACUUCUUGAUGCGUGAGCGAUACAAGCGCUGGUAUAUGGCUCAAGCGUCUUUGCCGAUCUGGGGAGAAGAAAUCGACAGCCAAUUGCGGCGCUACAUCAAAGGGAUUGAGGACGUGGCGCUGGCCAAUGCUCACUGGAGGUAA